AUGUCACGGUUUAGCUUCGAUGCAUCUGCCUCUCGCAAUGGAUCGUUUUCAAUAGAAUCCCCAGUUGACGUACCACCCUUUCACAGGAAUCGCGCACUUUCGAUCCGCUCCAACAAAUCCAAGAACUCCGGCGCUGCUGCUGGUAGUAAGAAGGGGGGCUUCUCCUUCAACUCACUUCGUGGACAGGUUCAGCCUGAGUUAUCCCGUAAGCUCUUUCGUCUCAUCAAAUCCGAGAACAACCUCAUCGGCGCUCACGAGACGGCCGGUCGUGAACGAGUCUCCAUUGCUACUCAGCUGUCAGAAUGGGGUGAGCACACCGGCGAUGACAGCAUCAGUGACAUCUCAGACAAGGUUGGAGUUGUCUUGAGUGAGAUGGGUGAGCAGGAAGAUGCAUACGCUCAUGCCCUCGAUGAUUCUCGAGCAUACCUCAAGGCCAUUCGCAACACUGAGAAGAGUGUGCAGCCCAGCCGAGAGAAUAAGGAUAAGAUUGCCGACGAAAUUGGAAAACUGAAGUUGAAAGAGCCUGGCAGCACAAGAUUGCCUGUUCUUGAACAGGAAUUGGUGCGAGCUGAGGCUGAGAAUCUUGUCGCAGAGGCUCAGUUGACAAACAUUACCCGACAGAAGCUCAAGGAGGCUUACGCUGCUGAAUUUGCUGCCACUAUUGAACGCGCGGAGAAGCAGAUUAUCCUAGCCAAGCAUGGACGUCGUCUUUUGGAGCUCCUCGACGACUCGCCCGUUGUGCCUGGUGAUACUCGAGGCUCCUACCAACACUCUUCACAGGCUCGACAGAUCCUGAACGACGCCGAAGACGAUCUUCGAGAUUGGCGACCCGAGCCUGAGGGUUUCUCCACCCCCGUUCAGAGCCGAUCCCCAACUCUUGGAGGAGGAAAGGGCAAGGAGCCGCAGACCACCAACGAUCGCAUGUCUCCUGUACAGUCUGAAGCCGCCACGGUGGAGUCCGAUGCUUCACCUCGGGAGCAAAGGGGUACUAAGUCUUCUGUUUACGAUGAAGUCGCUGGCUAA